AUGGGCAAGCGUGGCCAGAAGCGUGCGCUGGAUAGCGGAGAGGAAAUUCCUCUGCGCAGUGACGAGCUCCGGCCGCCAGAUGAGCUGCCCGAACGGGAGGCAGCAGCAGUGCGCGCUGCUCUGGAGCGCUGGAGGGAGCUCAGGCAGCGAGUGGAGGUUCUGAGACCGAUGCUGGAACAUGAGGACCGCCUUAUGCGGGACAUCCUGGAUAGGGGCUUGGGGAGCGAGGACCGAAAGACUUUGCGGAAGCUCGCCAGUGUCGGUGCCCGCGAUGCGGAAGCAGAAGCUGCGCAGGUUGCGGACUCUGUUGGGCAGGAGCGGCACCGACUGCAAGAAAUCCUCAUGCAGAAUCAUCGAGAGCUGCUUGAGCUCUCGACCACAACGACGCCAGAUGACAAGAAGGAGCUCAUCUCCGAAAUGGAUGGCGUGCUAGAUGAGCUCAAGAAAGCACAGGAUGCGGUGCACGUGGAGCUGUUAGCAACCAAGGACAAAGAGGACAUGUCCGCGGUUCGAGCCUACGGCCGCUCCCUCAACGACUUGAAGGCUCUCACAAGACGUCUAGACUGUGAACGGCGGAGCUUAACCAAGAACUCUGCCUUGGCGAUGCUGCUGGUCACUGUCUGUAGACGAAUACUGCCAGCCCGGAAGAUAGAUCCCUCCGAGCUGACCAACAUACCGGCGUCACAUCAAGGAUACCUGCAGAUAUUGGACUUCUACUUCUUUUCGGAUGCAAGUCUUUACUGCUUCGGGGAACAUUUCUCCGGGCCGAAUUGGUUCACUCGCUUGAAGCGAAACGUUGCCAUACUGUCUGUUUCGGACGGUGAUGGAAAUAGUGUCUACAAUGACUUUGCGGUAAGCGGUGAGUACAAGACUCCAGGCGCGCCGCUGGCUCCUGACAAUGGGCCUCUUCAGUCGAUUGAAGCUGCCGACGAAAAUGGUCGCGUUUUCGAUCGCCGCCACGACGCAGAGUUCAAGCUUCUGACUGGUCUCUGCCGAACGGUGCCAGCGGAGAGGCGCUCGACCUGGCGUGCCCGGGCAACGCUGUGGUCGAAGAAACCGCUUUGCCGAAGCUGUGCCGGGGCGGUGGGCCAAGUUCAAAGACUUUUCCCUGAAUUGACAGUUAACAUUGUUGUUGGAGAGCCCAAGACAGAGAACGAGUGCUCCAACGUGCCGAAUGGCAAGAGACUCGCAGCAAAUGGCUGUCGAGCGGAGCCGGGCUCAUUGCCGAUGGAAUGA